CACCCUAAGGGUCAAGCUUGACGGCUCCUUCUUUCUCACUCCUCCCACUUCCGGCCACCUCUUGCAAGGCCUAUCUCAAAUAUAUCCCCUUUUCUCCUCAAACACUGUUAUCACUCUAGCGCGGGCCCUCAUCGCCUCGUGCCUCGGGCUAAUGAAUAAACUGCGAAAGAGUCGGUGUGUCUUAAGUCUCUCCUCAGUGCAAUCCAUCAACAUCCAGCCACAAAGCGAUUUCCCUCGAGUUCGCAUCAGAUCUCGUCAUACCCUCAACUCCCUUCUUCAUAAACUCCAGGGACUCUUUAUUGCCCCAGGUUAAAAACAAAAUGCUGUUCUUUGUGACCGUCUUUUCAGUCUUCUCACGCCCAGUAACACCAGACCCCUAGCGGUUUAUUCCUUUAACAAGGCUCGCCAUUUCCCCCGUUCCUGACAUUGUCUCCGUCUGUCUUCGAUGCUUGGCAGGCUCUCCCGCCCGCUCCCUCCCAAGGCUGCCUUUAAAACCCAUCGGAAAUCUCAUGUUUUUCCGGAAACCAUUUCCGAAGCUUCUAGAUCCCGGUGCUUCCCUGAAAAUUACUGAACUACAAGGAGGGAAGGACUUUGAGCUGUCCACGUGGCCACCCCGCUCUCCCCGCCCCUCGGGGCUCUUUCUCGCCUCUCCAGAAGCCAUUGGACAUCCCCCAAGUUUCCGCCCACAGGGGAGCCAAUGGGAACGAGAGGACCGCCCCUUUUGCUUUGUUCUGGAGGACUCCGGGGUGCCCUCGGUUGGUUUCAAUGGCCGUGACGGUGACCCUGAGCCCGGGGCCCCGCUGCCUGUGGGACGAGCCGGUGGAGAUCGCGGUGCACGGUCUGGGCCCGGCCCAGCCGGUCACCCUGCGCGCCGGCCUCCGCGAUGAGAAGGGCGAGCUCUUCCAGGCCUCGGCGCGCUACCGGGCGGACGCCGGCGGGCAGCUGCACCUGGCGCGGGCGCCCGCCCUGGGGGGCAGCUACAGCGGCGUCGAGCCCAUGGGGCUCUUCUGGAGCCUGCGGCCCGAGAAGCCCUACUGGCGCCUGGUGAAGCGGGACGUGCAGACCCCUUUCCGCGUGGACCUGGAGGUGUACGAGGGUCACGACCCCCAGCCCACCAAGCUGCUGGCGCGGGCGGUCCACGAGCGGGGCUUCCUGGGGCCGGGGGUGAGGAGGAUCCCGGUGCGAGAGGGCAGCGUGCGGGCCACCCUCUUCCUGCCGCCCGGAGCAGGGCCCUUCCCCGGGAUCAUUGACUUACAUGGAUCUGGAGGUGGUCUCUGUGAAUAUAGAGCCAGCUUGCUGGCUGGACAUGGUUUUGCUGUGCUUGCUCUGGCUUAUUUCCGAUUUGAAGAUCUCCCCAACGAGUUGUAUAGUCUACAUCUGGAAUAUUUUGAAGAGGCCCUGAACUACAUGUUGCAGCAUCCAGAGGUGAAAAGCCCAGGCAUUGGGCUACUUGGAUUCUCGAAAGGAGGUGACUUGUGUCUUUCCAUGGCCUCCUUCCUGAAAGGUGUCACAGCCACAGUGCUUAUAAAUGCCUGUGUGGCCAACACAAUGACCCCGCUGCACUAUAAGGAAAUGACUCUUCUUAAUAUUGGAAGUGACCUAGAGAGACUCAAGAUCACUGAAUCAGGCCUUGUAGACCUUGUGGAUAUUUGGAGCCAUCCGUUAGAAAAGCAAAACUGCCAGAGCCUCAUCCCAAUAGAAAAGGCCCAGGGGCCUUUCUUGUUCAUUGUUGGUCAAGACGACCAUAACUGGAAGAGUGAAUCCUUUGCAUAUAUAGCCUCUGAACGAUUACAAUCUCAUGGUAAAGAAAAACCUCAGAUCAUCUGCUAUCCAAACACCGGGCACUACAUUGAUCCCCCUUAUUUUCCUCCAUGUUUAAUGUCUGUUCAUGGAAUGGUAGGUCGAGGAGUAUUCUGGGGAGGUGAGUCAAAGGCUCAUUCCAUGGCACAGGUGGAGAGUUGGAAGCAAAUUCAAACAUUCUUCCAAAAACACCUCAACAGUCAAGUCUCAUCCUUUCAUAAUAAAAUAUAACAUUUUGGUCCCGGCCCCAUUUUUCUGGGCUGGGCUUGUUUCAAGCCAAUCCCCUGGUAAUUUAUGUUGGAUAUUGGAGCAAAAAGAAAUAAAUUCAAAUCCAGCUUCAGACACUUAAUAGUUGUAUAUGACCAUGUUUGCCUCAGUUUCCUCAUGUGUAAAAUGAGCUGGAGAAAGAAAUGGCAAACCGCUCUAGUAUCUUUGCCAAGAAAACCCCAAAUGAGGUCACUUAGAGUUGGACAUGACUGAUCACAAAAAUUGGAACUUGUGGAUCAUCAGUCAAUAAAAGGAGAGUUAUUUAGGAACAGCAGAAGAAAAAUAUUCAUCAAGAACAGGUAUUGAGUCACCUUAUGUUGAUUCAGCUAAAUGAAACACUCUUUUCUGAGUUGCUCAUCUUUUGCACCAGCAUCAGGGAGCAAUCUGUAGUCUGGCAACUAGGAAAUGGGGCUAAGAGCCUGAGCCUUUAAUCUCCUGAGCCAGUCAAAUCCUGAAGAUAGUUUCAAUACCAUUUAAGGAAAAACUGGCUUGGCUUGCAUAGGAGAGUAGGGGUAAGAAUAUUGUUCCCCCCGUAGCCAUAAUUUCAUGACCAUGGGCUCCAUGCUAAGAAGGAUCCUUUUUAUAUGAAAUGGAAAUAUCAUAUGUCUUGCUUUUUUUUUGUAACAGUAUUUAAUAAGCAAGUGAGCUCAGCUCCAAGGGAAUUCGUCUCAGAAUAUUUGACUGGCAGCUUUUCUUCAUCAGCAUAUAACAGCUAAGAGUUCCAGUUAUGUAUCACCGUAACUAUA